AUGGCUACUUCUAUUCCACACCCAAAAAUUGUUAAGAAAUACACCAAGAAGUUCAAGAGACAUCAUUCUGACAGAUAUCACAGAGUCGCUGAAAACUGGAGAAAACAAAAAGGUAUUGAUUCAUGUGUUAGAAGAAGAUUCAGAGGUACCAUUCCACAACCAAACAUUGGUUACGGUUCUAACAAAAAGACCAAGUUCUUGAACCCAGCUGGUUACAAAGUUUACUUGGUCAAAAACACUAAAGAUUUAGAUGUCUUGUUAUUACACACUAAAUCUUAUGCUGCUGAAAUUGCUUCUUCUGUCUCAUCUAGAAAAAGAGUUGAAAUUGUUGCCAAAGCUAAGAAACUCGGUGUUAAAGUCACUAAUCCAAAGGGUAAAUUGAACUUGGAAGCUUAA